CGACAGACAAGGAAGGACCGGCUGCGACACGGAGAAGAAGGUCCCUCGCCCUAAUCGGGCGCUCUCCUCAGGGGUUCUCUGUUCCCAGGCUGGCUAUCUGAGCGCCUCUUCCCUUAAAGCCCAGGAACUGCGCCCUAAUGGCUGAGGUGAAGGUGAAGGUGCAGCCGCCCGACGCAGAUCCGGUCGAAAUAGAGAACAGGAUUAUAGAAUUAUGUCAUCAGUUUCCUCAUGGAAUCACAGACCAAGUAAUCCAAAAUGAAAUGCCUCAUAUAGAAGCCCAGCAGCGGGCAGUGGCCAUCAAUAGACUGUUGUCCAUGGGUCAGUUGGAUCUCUUAAGGAGCAAUACAGGCCUUCUGUAUAGAAUAAAGGAUUCUCAGAAUGCUGGUAAAAUGAAAGGAUCAGAUAACCAAGAAAAACUAGUAUAUCAAAUCAUAGAGGAUGCAGGAAACAAAGGAAUAUGGAGCAGAGAUAUCCGAUACAAAAGUAACUUGCCAUUAACAGAAAUUAACAAAAUUCUAAAGAACUUGGAAAGUAAAAAGCUUAUCAAAGCUGUUAAGUCUGUGGCAGCCUCAAAAAAGAAGGUGUAUAUGCUGUAUAACCUGCAGCCAGACCGGUCUGUGACUGGUGGAGCUUGGUAUAGUGACCAAGAUUUUGAAUCAGAAUUUGUAGAGGUGCUUAACCAACAGUGUUUCAAAUUCCUACAAACCAAGGCAGAAGCAGCACGAGACAGCAAGCAGAAUCCGAUGAUACAAAGAAAUAGUUCCUUUGCUUCAUCACAUGAGGUGUGGAAGUAUAUCUGUGAAUUGGGAAUCAGUAAGGUAGAGUUGUCCACAGAGGACAUUGAAACCAUCCUGAAUACACUCAUUUAUGAUGGGAAAGUGGAGAUGACUAUCAUUGCUGCAAAAGAAGGCACGGUUGGCAGCGUGGAUGGACACAUGAAACUGUACAGGGCAGUCAAUCCAAUCAUCCCACCAACAGGUUUGGUCCGGGCUGCCUGCGGACUCUGCCCGGUUUUUGAUGACUGCCAUGAAGGUGGUGAGAUUUCACCAUCUAACUGUAUUUACAUGACAGAGUGGCUUGAAUUUUAACAGUUAUGAAGUUACUGACAUUCUGUAAAUGAAGUUACUAUGGGGCAAAUAAUUUAAUUCAUGAUGGAACAUCAAACUCUCUUGAAAGCAAACUAUACAAUAAUGGAUAGAGGCUUGCUGCUGUGGAAAAAUAUAUUAUUGUCUAUGAAGACUAAAUUUAUAUUGACAGAGUAGCCAACAGAAUUUGAAGCUGGUAAGGUUAAUAGUGAAAUCCAUUUUUCAAUAAAUAAAAUACUUGGAGCUUCUGGAGGACCAUCAUCCAGCCUUUCAAGACUUCUGAAGAUUCACAGAAAGAGAAGCAAACAAAUCCCUGUUUACCAAGUACAGUGUUAAUGGCUGGAGUUUAACAAUGCCUGUUUCAAAGUUAAGAUCGUCAUUGGAAAUGUUUUAUGUCUGGUUCACUCUCACCAUUUCUGUUUUCUGUUCUCAGUGGUUUUGUUGAGAAGAAAUUAAGCAGAGAAGGCAGGAAUACCAGGGGAAUAUACGCAAACUAGGAGCAUGCAUGGAGGGAGAGUGGAUCAUCCCUUUUCCACACACUAUUAAUUAAUCUUUAUGUCAGAGAUAUGUUUUCAGGUGAUUAUGUCUCUGUACUUGCCACAAACCCAAGUGAUGACUAACAUCAAGGAUAUGUUUUUAGCACCUAAACAUUACUAUUCACAUACUAAUAGGAAUAUUGUCAUUGGUCCUUUUUUAAAAAAAGUCUUAAAAAGUUUCAGACCUUGUCUCAGUUGUAUUAUUUGCUAGAACUCUCCCAUAGACUCUUAUGUAACUAAAAUUAAAAAUAAUCUGUUGCCCUCCAUUCACAGUUUAUUGGGCUGGGUCACCAUUCUUUUCUUGUCUUGUUUUAGAUUGGUUUCCUUUUUCUGUUCUAAAAAUCAUGGUGCAGUAGGUCCAAGCUAAGCAGAAAGCCUUUAUAAUUGUCCUCAGUUCUAAUAGUACUUUCAGUUCUAGUCUUUAGCCAUAUAGAAGCACUAAGCUAUUUAAUGCACUUGCACAGAAAUUAGAUGGUAGGGCCCUUCAGUAUCCUAGCUGCUGUACUUGUAGCACUUAAAAGUUUCUGUGUUCAGCACGGGACCAAAGGAAAGAAAUUCAAGGUCAGCCACUGUUGAGGCCUGAGUUCAAACAUUAGUUUGGAGCUACUCUAAGUGGACAACCAUCUGAAUGGUUAUUUUGAGAUGAAUAGGAUCAUUAAAAUAAAAUUCAGCUCAGGAACCAAUUAAGAACCAGAUAAAUUCUGUGGCCAGCUCUAUGGACCUUAGCAUUUGAUGACACCAAGCACUCUGAAACAAAGAUUUCUCAAAUAUUGGGUAUAUAGUUAACUGUUGAACAUCACAGAUUUGAAUAGCAUGGGCCCACUUAUACACAAAUUUUUCCAAUAAAUAUAUUGAAAUUUUUUUUAGAGAUUUAUGACUAUUUGAAAAAACAUUUUCUCUAGCUUACUUUAUUAUAGUAAUAUAGUAUAUAGUAUAUGUAGCAUAUAAAGUAUGUGUAAAUCAACUUUCUGUUAUCAGUGAGGUUUCCAGUCAACAGUAGGCUAUUAGUAGUUAAAUUUUGGGGAAGUGAAAAAUUGUAUGUGGAUUUUCAGCUGAGCUGGGGGGGGGUUAGUGUCCCUAACCCUCGUGUUGUUCAAGGGCCAACUGUAUAUAAGAUAUAGAAAACCCCAGGAACCUGAAACUAAACAGGGUUUCUCUUUGGCCCCCAGUGAGAGUUGGAAUGGUAAGAGGAGUAUUAUCCUUCCUGGAACCUGGCCUAUCACAGAGGCUCUAGUCUUAUUUAAUGAGAAAACUGAACUUGGAGGAAAGUUAGACAUGGAGAGAAGGAACCAGUUUAUAAUGUUAAAUACAGAGUUUACAUUGUCUUGACAGCCAGAAAUUGAUUUUUUUUUAAAGCCUUCAAUCAAUGGCUAAACUAAAAGUAUUCUUCCCUUCACCAGAAUAGAGACCCUUGAAACUUUUUUCCCGUAGCAUGUUUUUCAUUCUGAAUAUUAACUGAAGGAGAAAAGAAACAAUAAUUUAAAAAUACAGUACCUCUGAUGUAUAUAUAGUUAAAUGGGUACUUACCCUACAGAAGUCAGCUUGGACCAAAACAAGUUGUGGGGGUCUAGACUUGUGACACCACCAAAAAAAUCAAAUUGUGAGUAAAAUCCUAAUCGUUACAGAUGAUUUUCAUUACAAUAGAGUAUUUUGUUCACUUGAGAGUAGAUAUUCCUUGGAGUCUGGCAAGGCCUCUCUACAAUUAAUGAUCUAUAGAGAAUCAAACAUAGAAUCAUGAGAGACCAUGACUUGAUGGUUUAAAUGAAUAGUUUGUGUGGAAUUCUUCCAUGAAAUUCCUCUGAUCUUUGGUGGUGAAUAAACUUUACAGAAUCUUGAUUUUUUAUGGUGAUCGACUAGGCAAACUAGUCAAGUUCAAGUUGAGUCACUUAUACUUUGAACUAUUUACUCACUAUUAGAUGGUGGGUGAGAAGAGACUAUAAUACACAUGCCCUAGACCAGUGCUGUCCAACUGAAUUUUCUGUAAUGGUGGAAAUAUUCUAAAUCUGUCCAAUAGGGUAGCCAUUAGCCACCUGUGGCUGCUGAGCCAGUGUGGAUGAGAUGAGAAACAGAAUUUUCAUUUUUAGAGCCUCCUGGGGUUCUGGCCACCAUACUGGGCAGCACAACUCAGUCACAUAGGUCUAAUUAUUUCUAUAAGAAUUAAGAGUGUCCUAUAGCAUCUGACUACGCUGAUGGACAGUAACUGUAAUGUGGUAUGUGGUAGGGAAUUGAUAAUGGGGGAAAUCUAGUAACCACAGUGUUGCUCAUGUGAUUAUAUAUUAAUGAUAAAUAGAUAGAUAAAUAAUAAUAAAUAAAUCAAGCAAGCAAGCGAAAUCUGAGGAACUCACCCCUAAGAGGAGCCUAAGGAGACAUUAUAAAUAAAUACAAAUAUAAAUACCAGAGAUACGGUAUUUCAGGAAGGGGUCCUGGAACAGAAAUAUGACAUUUGGUUAAAAAACUAAGGACAUUUGAAUAAAGUAUGGACUUCAGUUAAAAAAAAAAAAGUAUCAAAAUUAUUUCUCAAUUGUAUAUAUUUGUUUUUUUCUAUGGCAGAGGAGAACAAAGUAUUAUGAACUGUUACUUGCAUAAGUUUGUAAUUUUUUGAGAAAGGACUUAAGAAAACAAAGCAGAGUGUAAGAACAAUUAGUAAUCCCAAGUAAUUCAAAUAAUAUAGAAUUAAACUUUGAUUAUAGGCAUGGUCAAAUCAAUGCUAAACUAUCUUUUUAAGAAAAUUACUAUUCAAUUGAUUUACCUAAUUUGCUUUUCACUAACUUGUCAAAUAAGUUGCCUUAAAUCCUAAUUAUUGUAAUUUAAUAAGUAAUACCUGUUCAGUAUAACAACUCAGAUAAUCUCCAGGUAUAUAAAAUAGGAGAUGUACACUACACUGUACCUGCCAAAAUUCCCAUCCCCCAAAGAUAAUUACUAUUAAAAGUUUAUAGAGUUU